CCUCCCACUUCAGAUCUAGAAUGCCCUACUUGUGAAUCUAGUUGAGUUGGACGACUGAACGAGGAUGCAUCGAGCCCUAACGAUCCCGGAGCUCGUCCACAAGAUACUGUACGAAGCUGCCCAUAGAGGGACUCAGCUGAAGUUGGCGCUCACAUGCCGCGCCUUCUACGAACCCGCUAUGGACCUCGUAUGGUCCUUGCAAUAUGAACUAAUCAACCUCGUCAAAUGUUUGCCAAGAGACCUGUGGCGGGUCUCAGGCUCGGGCACGACUCUGACUCUCCGGGAGCCUACAAGGCCAACGACCCCUCAGGAUUGGGAACGGUUCGACUUCUACGCACGGCGGGUUCGGAGCCUCCGGCAUGAUCACCCCCUCUCCCGAGUGAUUUCAGAGAAACUGUUUCGCUGGUUGUUCUCCUCAAGGCCAACACACCAGCUGCUUCCGAAGUUGUCUGUCCUGCGAUGGACGAAGGACAUGGCGGACACGUACUAUGAUGCCAUAGCCAUGCUUUACGGACCAAGGCUCUCCAUCCUGGUGAUUGGUUCAGGGCGUUAUGGCUUCAUAUCCUCACAUACCAUCUCCCCCGCAUUGCUCCAGCUCCACCAACGUGCACCUAAUAUACAGGUGUUGCAAGUCCUUAUGCCCGAUGUUGGCUUCAGCAUGCCUAUACAUAUCGAAUUCUUUACGCCGCUGCAGAAGCUGACGACACUUAGGUUGGGAGCGACCUUGCCAGUGAAUUUUGACGUACUGGCGAAGCUCUCGGUUAUGCCGCACCUCAGGGAGGUGGAUAUUGUGGUCGUACACAAUUCACAAGUCCCACCUGACCUAUCUCACCACAAUCUUAUCGAUGUGCCGCUUUCCUCGACUCAAACAGAUAAUCCUGGUCUCGCGCUUCAGCAUACCAAUGGAUGCGAGCACCGGCGUCGACCAUUCAUCACUGGCGAGGAGUCGGACCCACGCGAAGAAGGACAGCAGCCCAUCACCGUAGCAUCGUUCAGGCGAUUCUGUGACUUCCACAAUUUACAGCGAGUGGAAUUCUUGACGGAGAUGUGUAUCACCCUCGACGACGAUACUCUAAAGGAGAUGGCAAUGGCGUGGCCCCAGCUCCAACAGCUGGAGCUGAAAAGCAUAGCCGAGUACCCCUGGCGAACUCCCACCGCAACAACGCUCGAAGGCGUAGCCCAUGUCGCGAGGUAUUGUCCUUUGCUCUCGAAGUUCACUAUCGACGUGAAUACAACCAGUACGGACAUUUCGUCGCACGCGAGGCCCGGAGGCGGGCACUGCAAUCGUACGCUUCAGAAGAUCGCGUUCGGGCAGUCGUCUGCGCUGGGUAGCCCCGCGAAGAUAGCGGCCUUCCUGUUCGCAAUCUUCCCCAACCUGCAGCGGAUCAACAUGGGCGAUGAAACUCGGUUAGGGGAGUCUUGGAGACCGGUGGAGGAGAUGGUCCACGUCCUGCGGAUUGCGUCCCAGUGGCCGAAGCCAAGUGGUGAGUUGACUCCGCAAUUGGAAGCGUUGUAA